UUUUGAAACCUUAUGAAAUAUCAUAAAUGGAAAUGGUCUAACAUUUCUCCCGCAUCGUCAAUAAAUCCCCAGUCUCCUCCUUCUCUUCGAUUCAAAUCCCUACGCAAAGGUCCCGAUCUUCCGAAGAUUCAGUCGAAUCGAGAAGCCAUGGAUAACAGCAGUAGCAUCAACUCCACCUCCUCUAACCUGAGCACGGCUUCCCUGGAAAAGCUCGAUCAGGCGGCGAGCUGGGUCAGCACAACCCUCAUAUCCGCCUUCUUCGCCUCCCUCGAGCGUUGCGCCUGCGUCAAUCUAUCGACCUCCGAUGAUGAUGACGACGACAACGAGGAAUCCCACAAUCGUCCUCUUGCUCUCUCCGCCGCUCCUCAACCUGACGACAUCGUUUAGAUCUGGGAUGCAUGAUGCUCACCACUUUUGAUUGUAUAUGCCAGAUUCCAUGCUUGUUUUUUUUUUUUCAUUUUUGUCCUAAUGUCUCUGUAUAAACUGAUUAUGCUUGCCUCUGAAAGGAUUAUUUAGUUUUGGAUUUGGAAUCUGAAUUUUUGUAGAGUUUCUUUGUAUGAGAAUGACUGUGCUGAAGAACAAUUCGUCUGUUUUCUAAUUGUUUGUUGAAA